GUUUGAUUAAUGUGCAAGUUAAUUCGGCUAUCCAUUGAAUACGUCUUCAAAAUAGAAAUGUUAUAUCAACACCAUUUUCUCAAAAAUGGCGGGAAAUUUAUUGUUCUUAUUCGAUUAUAUAUGUUCUUUUCAAAAAUUUAAAAAAUUAAUAUUUAAGGAGAAAUUUCCCAGCUGAAAAAUAGACAUAAUUUUGAAUAAGGCAAUAACUAAGACUCUUUCUUUUGGAAUAAUUUGUUUCUUCGCAUUUCAUACAAGGACUCAUAAUGGCAAUGGUCAACAAAGCAAGUCGGUUCUGAAGUCUGAACUGAAAGUUUACGCAUACGGCAUGAGAGAGUUACAAUGCGUAACAGAGUCACAGCAAUUACAAGUAAAGGUACAGCUGAUAAGUAUCUACAACAACACAAGUAAAGAUUUCAGACAAGAUACAACAACAGGAUAAAGAUUUUAAGAGAACUACGAAAACAAAGAUAGAAGAAUCAGAUUAAGCUUUCUAGGCUGCAUUAUCCAUCAAAAAGAGGUCGACUGUCAAAUCAACAACUCAGAGCCCAGUGCAUAUUCAUCAUCUUUUUCUAUCUUUAGAUUCAAAUCGCCAAUUUAAUUCAAAAAACACAAUACCAAUACAAAAAUAAAUAAGAUCCUCAGAGUAUAAAUGCUUAUAGCGUUUCAUCAAUAUAAAUCAGGUCUCAAAGAUUUCAUGCCAUCAUAGGAUCCUCAAAGAAACAAGGAAAAAAAAACAAUUAGAUAUAGCACGAGCUUAUUCGCUAUGCCUGUUUUUUACAUAGGCGAAGCGACUCAACGCCCCUGCUUAAAUUUAUCGCCUCUCGAUUCAUCCGGUAGAAAUUUAAAAUUCUACAGGAAAAUCCAGUAGAGAGGCGAAUCUAAGCACGUAACCAAAACAUUUUUUAAGAUGAAAACUAACAGCAAAUAUACACAAACAAGAGAUCGUAUGAAUGUUUACAUCUCUCGCCGGCAGUGUUUAGUAUAUAUACAUGGGGAUGUUAGAAAUUAGGGUUUUCUAGGCUGUAAACUUCAGAAACGAUGGGUCAGAUUAAUUGGCCUUUUAAUUCGUUACAGGCCUGCCUUGAAGAAAGCCCAUUAGUUUUCAUUUCGGGGAGGUCUUAUUUCACAGUGGACGUGCUUACUCCAAACCGGAUUAUUAAGUACCACAAACAAUCUAAUGAUACUCGACUUGAUUCCACCGCUUCAAACACCUCUUGAAAAUAAUGUAUUCAACUCAGAGUUUUAGGUAAUUUGUAUUAAAAUGACAAAUCUAUUGUUAUUCAGACAUAAAUUUUAAAAUUUAUUUAAAUCCUAAUGUUAUUGAAUUUAACAUUUCGUAGAGUGCUCUAAAAUCUAUUGUUAUUGAAAAUAUUUUAAAUUGUGAAGUUUUAAAGUUUUCAAGUGAUUUAGUGUGUUUCUUAGUUAAAAAAAAUUAAAACUCAAAUCUUAUAUUUUUAAGUUAUAUUCUACAGUGGUUUAACACAUAAAUCUCUACAAUUUAUUGAAAUCAUCUAAAACUCUAAAGUCAAAUCACUUCAAAUGUUAUAUUAAUACAUAACCCCCUAAGUAUGUUAAAUAGUUGUUUCAACAUUUACGAUAUUGAAUCAAGAGAAGAAAAAAAAAUGCAAAGAGUUAAAACAAAAACUCCAAAAGCAUGAAAAUUAAACAAACAGAACACACAAAAGAGGAAACUGUGUGGUAACCAAACCUCUAGAUGCCUAAAACUAAAAAUCACUUUUUAAAUAUGGUUUAGGUUUGAGAGGCUCACGUUCAACCAUAUUCUAGGUUUUGAGAUAAUAAUGACACUUUUAUAAAUCUCCAUUGGUUGAAAGGAAAGUUUUAAUUGAGAUACGAGGAGAUAAUUGUAAAUAAGAAAAGAGUUAGAAUAACAAUAAUUUAUUUAACAAGAUAAUUUAAUAUCAUGUAUAAAAAUGCGAUUCAUUGAUUCGUGUUCCUCUCUCCACACCAUUUCUGACACCUAAUCUCUCCCACCUCCUUCUCCGUUCCGUUCCGUUCCGUUCAACAGUCUCCCCCGUUAAAGGUAAAAUUAAACAAUAACCACCACUCGGUUAUCGUCUUUCCGGUUUACUCAUCGCCUGAUUUACGAUUCUCUGAUUUGAUCCGAUCGGUCAAAGAUUAGAUCAAACCGAACCAAUAGUCGCUGAGACCUGACCGGCGAUUAAUGAACUCCACGUCGAAUCAGUUACUUCAGCCGACGACGAGCCCUACCUCCGACCUCUCUCGCCGGAAACGGAAGACAAAAUCGCCGCCGCUGGUACCUCCCUCUCCAUCGACGAAAUGGAGAUCGGAGAAGCAGCAACAGAUCUACACCACGAAGCUUGCACGUGCCCUAACAAAGCUUCGAAUCGCUCAACCAUCCUCCUCACACUCUUCGCCUCCUCACGGCGGCAGAGCCGUCCGCGAAGUCGCCGACAGAGCCUUGGCGGUUACGGCAAGAGGCAAAACACGGUGGAGCCGAGCGAUACUAUCCAAAGCCGUUAAACUCAAAUUCAGGAAACACAAACGUCAGAGAAUCUCUAAUUCGGUUUCGUCUCCGGCGAUCACCACCGGGAGUCUCCGGCCAAAGACACAGACAGCGACGGUUACGAGGGUUAAAGCUAAAGGUAUGCCGUCUGUACAGAGGAAGGUGAGAGUGCUGAGCCGGUUAGUUCCGGGUUGCCGUAAACAGACGUUACCGGUGGUUUUGGAAGAAACGACGGAUUAUAUAGCUGCCAUGGAGAUGCAGAUUCGCGCCAUGACGGCUAUUCUCUCCGCCGUCAGCUCUCCGACAGGUCAUGAAGGGGGACAAACACAUGUGCUUGGUUAGUUGGGCCAAACUGUCUUUCUUUUUUCUUAUAUAAUUUUUUUAAAAAAAAAACUGUUUCUCGUUAUUCUUCACUGUAUUGCUUUCUGUUUGAAUAUUUUACAAAUCUAUGUCGUCAUGUAUAUCCUUUUUCUUGACUUCUAUUGCAAAGACUAGUGCCACACGAAAGGAGGAAAGUGAUUGAGCUCUGUAAUAAAUUUCAGUUUCUUGAUAAUCGUGUGGUAUUUCUUAAUCAAGAUUGCUUCACAUGA